AUGGGUGGUGCUAGCCCGUCUACACAGACUAUGUUGGCGACAAGCCCUACUCGAGGACGAUCUGUCGGACGAACGGUACGGGAUGGCCCUAGUUCGUGGGGCGGUGACGGAGAUCCGGUACGGACAUCCGACGAGUCCGAUGUCGCCCUAACUAAGGCUUUCCAGCCUGUUUCUACCCAUGCUAACCUGGUAGACUUCAAGAUCAAAGGUGUGGACGUGGUUCUAGGCAAAUCGGUUAUUGCCGCCGUCCGACCUUCGGGCGACUCCGUGAAGUACCCCAAGUUCAGAGCCUUCACUACGACUGGUACUGAGGACACGGAGGCUUGGCCGACGCCGGGAAUCUCCCCGGAUGUGCUAUUAGACGAUGACCUUGCUAUUUCCUCGGACUAUGCUGUCCCCGACUUUCACGACGAGGAUAAGUCCUACCCGACUUUCGAGGAGUCGAGACCUGGUGUAUCACGCUACCGCUCCCUAUGCGAGGAGUUUGGUGACCUUUUUGUGAACAAGCCCGGUCAUUGCGACCUUGUGGACCACGCUAUUAUAGUGACCGAUGACAAUCCUAUCGCCGAGCGCACUCGACCUUUGCCCCAUAAAUGGCGAGCGGAGAUUACAGCGCAGCUUGAGGAGCUGGAGAACGACGGCUUGAUCGUCCGAUCCACCUCUCCUUAUAAGUUCCCCUGUGUCUUCGUCCCUAAGAAAAAUGGGAAGGUUAGAAUGUGUGUCGACUACCGGUCGCUCAACAAGGUCACUAGGGUCGACUCGUAUCCGCUACCCCGGCCUGACGAUGUUCAAGAACACCUAGUCGGUGCGAAGGUAUUUUCUACUAUUGACCUUCGUAGCGGGUACUGGCAAAUGAAGGUUCGACCUUCGGAUCGGCGACGGACUGCUUUCUGUCCGGGCCCAGGGUUCCCUCUCUUCGAAUGGACCCGGAUGCCCUUCGGACUGUGCAAUGCGCCUGCCAGCUUCCAAAGGUUGAUGGACUUGGUCCUUGGGAAGUUUGACUUCGUCCGCGUUUACUUGGACGACGUUCUUGUCUUCUCGAGUUCCCUUGAGGAACACCUCCGUCACCUGAGGUUGAUCUUCGAGGCUUUUCGGGAAGCUGGUCUGACCUUGGCUGGAGACAAAUGCUCGAUUGGUAUGGACUCGGUUGUCUACCUUGGGCACCGCUACUCCGCGGAUGGUAUGUCUCCAGACCUGACCAAGGUCAAGGUUAUUUCGGCAUGGCCUACCCCUCGUACGGCAACAGACCUUAGGAGUUUCCUCGGGUUGGUUGGAUACUACCGCCAUUUCAUUCCCCACUUCGCUGACCGUUCUAAGGCGUUACAGAAACUGCUCACUACGGCUGCGAGGGAGGAAGACCGGGUGGCUGAGCUUUGGGAUGAGAAGCAUCUGAUCGCCUUUCAAGACCUCAAGAAAGCGUUGACCGACCUUCCGUACUUGGAGUACCCUGAUUUUUCAAGGCCUUUUGAGAUGGCUUGCGACGCCUCUAAUUAUGCUAUCGGUGGCGUCUUGGAACAAGACGGCCGACCUUUGGCAUUCUAUAGCCAGACUCUGACUGGUUCUCAGUUGAACUGGCCGGUUUACGAGAAGGAAGCCUACGCCGUUCUCAAGUGUCUUGAACGAUUUCGACAUCUGCAUCUUGGUUACCAGCUCCGGGUAAAGAUAUUCUCCGAUCAUAGACCUUUGCAAUGGCUGAAGACUGCGACUUCGUCAAAGUUGCAACGGUGGUUGCUAGCUUUGCAACAGUAUCAGUUUGACGUGGUUUAUGUACCGGGUAAGAAGAAUCUUCGUGCCGACGCUCUGUCACGGGUUCGUCCUGUUCCGACGGAUUCGAUCGACGCGCCGCCUGCCCUGCCCGUUGGUGUGGUGACCUUGGAGGACGCUUACUCGAAGGAGGAUAUUCUUCAAUCGCAGAAGAAUUGUCCUGUACUUCGACGGUUGUAUCAACGGUUACUAAGUUCCGAGCCCCUACGACGUAACGAGCUAACUGAACGUGACCUUCGACCUUAUAGACGGGUCUGGAGGACUCUUGGUAUUGCCGAUGGAUUGGUUGUUCGAGAACGUGCUCCCACCUCCUACACUGGACGGCGCUGGGUUCCUGUUAUACCAGCCUCUCUACGACCAACGUUCAUCGAACACUUCCACGAAGAGAUUGGUCACUUCAACGUCGACAAAGUACUGCCUAAGGUGGAACUAUAUGGUUAUUGGCCCAGCAUGGCUAGCGACAUUGAGCAUGCCUUGGCUCAGUGCCAGCGAUGUCUGGAUGCUAAAAGACCUUCACCGGCUCCGGCGCCGCUGAUGCCGGUUCCGAUAGGCAGACCUUGGGAAACCAUAGCUGUGGACCUACUCUCGGUUCCUACGAAUCCGGACGGUAUCUCUACACUACUGGUUAUGCAAGACUACUUUACGAAAUGGGCUCAUGUGGUACCCCUGCGACAACAUACCUGGCUGGAUGUUGCUCGACCCUUGUUUCAACUGUUCCUGCUAUUUGGUCCUCCACGACGACUACAUUCGGAUCAAGGCCCUCCGUUCGAAUCUUGGUUGUUCAAGAUGACGUUGGGAUUGCUCGGUGUCCGCAAGUCCAAGAGUUCCGUCUAUCAUCCGGCUGGGAAUGGCCUCGUUGAGAGGUUCAACCAGACCUUUCUCAAGAUGGUUAGGACUCAUGUGGACUCGGUGUAUGACUGGCAACGUCACUUAGGCUCUAUGGUCUGGUACUAUAAUACUAGUAUCCAUUCGGCGACUAAGGCGUCUCCUUUCUACUUGAUGUACGGUAGGAACCCGCCUGACCUUUGGUUCCCGGAUUUGGAUAGUGUCGAGACCCGCUUCUUCGACCCCGAGACCUAUGCCAACUUCUUGAGUUCUACUAGAGCUAGAAUUCUUGAUAACGUUGACCAGUGUGUUACACAUGCUGCCACUGUGUACAAGGCAACGUUCGACUCUAAGGCUAAGCUUAGGUUGUUUCGCCCUGGACUACGAGUUCGCUUAGAGACCUUAGGUCCUGCCCGGUCUAAUAAACUGGAUCCCCGAUGGGAAGGAAACUGGUUUGUCUCUAACGCUCUGCCUGGCCUUAACAACAAGACCUUAGAAAUUGUUCAUCCGGCUACACGCCGACGGAAGAUUAUUACUGUGGAUCAUCUACUUCUGGACCCAAUUCAACCCGAUCAUCUACCCGAAGAUGUGGCUACUAUGGUCUACGGUGAAGAAGGUGCUAUACUCGGAGAAGCUAUCAUUCCUGACGUCGACCCUACCUUCGACGAUGUCCCGGUAUUCCCGCCGACGUCACCUGACUGUCCGGUCGAAGUUAAUUUCGUAUCGCGAGAUGUGGGUGUAGGUCCUGUAGACCCCCAGGUUCCUACUAGUCCUUCGGUUCCGCCAACGUUCCGGUCAGAAUGUGCUGCGGUUCCCCCGACCCCACCCGGCCCUGGUACUACUCCGGCUGCCGAUAGUGACUCCGAGUCCGACCUUUCUAUGCCACCUCUCUCACCGCACCCUUCUCUCUUAAGGGGGGAGGAGGAAGAGGAAGUUGAAGACCAGGAGGUUUCGGAUGUAUCCGUCCCGCCUACUGAGAACUCAACACCUGCCCCCAGAAACGGUUCUGAACGACACUCCCAACAUGAACCCGAACCUGCCAAAGUAGUAGAUGCUCUUCCACAAGACGACCUUCCGUCCGAGGCUCCCGUGUCGCCACUCUCUGUUGCUCCUGAGAACGAGAAUUCUAACGAUGAAGCACCAGAGUUCGAGUCGGCGAAUGAGGAUCCUGAUGAUGCUCCGUCUUAUGAGAUUCCGCAAGAGUGGACUCUCACCAGAGAUCGUCCACGACGACAGCCGCAUCCGGUUGUACGAUUCGACCCGAGCUUUCUUGGCCCUGGUGGUCUGAAAGAGAGUUCUCGGAGGCCCCAGUAG